AUGCCCUGGAUUGUCCUGCUGCUUGCAGCUGGCUCCUUGGCUAUCCCGGCGCCAUCCAUCAUGCUGGUGCCCCCACACCCCAGCAGUCAAGAGGACCCCAUCCACAUCUUGUGCAUGGCCCCCAGGGGUUUCCCAGGGGCAAAUUUCACGCUGUACCAAGGUGGGGAGGUGGUGGAGCUCCUGAAAGCCCCCAAGGACCAGCUCAGGGUCAUCUUCAACCUGAGCGGUGGCAGCAGGGAAGCUCAAGGGGGACCGUUCUGCUGCCAGUAUAGUGUGCUUGGCGAGAACAGGCAACCCCAGCUGUCGAACCUCAGCGAGCCUGUGCAAGUCUCCUUCCCAGUGCCCACCUGGAUCCUGGCACUGUCCUUGAGCCUGGCUGGAGCCGCUCUCCUCCUCGCUGGACUGGUGACCAUUGCCCUGAUCAUCAGGAAAGUUAAAGUAAAAAACUUGCAGAAGAGACGAGAGCGAGAAUCCUGCUGGGUUAACAUCGCCACCACAGACAUGUCCUUCGACAACUCCCUGUUUACCAUCAUGAAAAUGACUUCAGAAGAAGAUGCAGCCAAUCUGGAUGCUCCCUCAGGCUCCACUGAGACACCUGGACCCCGGAAGAGGCCCACCUCCACAUCAUCCUCACCUGAGCCCCCUGAAUUCAGCACAUUCCGGGCCUGUUAG